UUGUUUGUUAAAUGUCCAAAUCAUAAAUCCCAUAAAAACAUCUUCUUCUUCUUCUUCAUCUUCCUCGUAUUGCUGUUGUUCUUCUUGUCAAAAGAGGAUGGCAACGUUGUUGGCCUCGACGUCUUCGUUUGAUAACUAUAACUACUCUCUUCACUUACUUUUCUCUUCUUCUAAAUUGCCCUGCCCCAUAACUUUCGCCCCCAAGCUUCCUGGAGUCAAGUUCCGGGUCUCCCCAGGAUCUAAAUCACGAGUUUUUUGUGAAUCCAAGACACAGGAGGUGCAAAUCAGAAGGUACUCACCUUUACUAGAAAACGUAUCACUACCAAGUAAUGGUGCACUGGUCUCUGAUGAAUGGAAAGCGGUCCCCGACAUUUGGAAGUCUUCAGCAGAAAAGUAUGGCGAUCGAGUUGCAGUGGUGGAUCCAUAUCAUGAUCCUCCUUCUACCAUGACUUAUAAACAGAUGGAGCAGGAAAUAUUGGACUUUUCUGAAGGUUUAAGGGUUAUUGGCAUAAAGCCAGAAGAAAAGGUUGCACUUUUUGCUGAUAAUUCAUGCCGGUGGCUUGUUGCUGAUCAAGGUAUAAUGGCAAUGGGAGCAAUUAAUGUCGUCAGGGGGUCAAGAUCAGCCGUGGAAGAGCUUUUACAUAUAUACAAUCAUUCGGAAAGUGUUGGGAUUGUUAUCGAUAAUCCUGAUUUUUUCAAUCAUCUUGCUGGAAAAUUUUGUUCCAAGGCAGCAUUGAGAUUUAUUGUUCUACUUUGGGGGGAGAAAUCAUGCCUAGCUAGUAAUGAAGCACAGGGUCUGCCUAUAUUCAGUUAUAAAGAGAUCAUAGAGUUAGGAAGGGAAAGCCGUGCUGCUCAUAUUAAUUCUCAUGAUGCUAGACAAGGUUGCAAAUGUGAGAUCAUUGGCUCAGAAGAUAUCGCUACCAUUGUGUAUACAAGCGGAACCACUGGUAAUCCAAAAGGCGUUAUGCUUACACACAAGAAUUUAUUACACCAGAUAGAAAAUUUGUGGGAUGUUGUACCCACCAAAGUUGGGGAUAGAUUUCUAAGUAUGCUUCCUUCUUGGCAUGCUUAUGAACGAGCUUGUGAGUAUUUCAUAUUUGCACAUGGAGUUGAGCAAGUAUAUACAACUGUGAGAAAUUUGAAGGAUGAUUUGAAAAAUUAUCAGCCACAAUACCUGAUUUCUGUACCUUUAGUCUAUGAGACACUCUAUCGGGGGAUUCAAAAGCAGAUUUCUGCUAGCUCCACUAUUCGUAAAUUAAUCGCACUUUCAUCCCUAAGGGUCAGCUUGGCUUAUAUGAAGUUGAAGAGAAUUUAUGAGGGACUAUACUUAACAGGAAAUCCAAAGCAACCUUCAUAUCUUGUAUCCAUGUUAGAUUGCCUAUGGGCAAGAAUUAUUGCUGCAAUAUUGUGGCCCUUGCACGUGUUAGCAAAGAAGCUUGUUUAUGAAAAGAUUCACUCUGCUAUUGGAAUAUCAAAGGCUGGAAUAAGCGGGGGUGGCAGUUUGCCUAUGCAUAUCGACAAGUUUUUCGAGGCAAUCGGUGUGACAGUGCAGAAUGGAUACGGUUUAACAGAAUCAUCCCCUGUUGUUGCUGCUCGACGACCUUACUUGAAUGUUCUUGGUUCGAUCGGGCAUCCGAUUCAACACACAGAAUUCAAAGUUGUAGAUUCCGAAACCGGUGAGCUGCUCCUGCCUGGCUCCAAAGGCAUUGUAAAGGUCAGGGGGCCACAAGUGAUGAAAGGUUACUAUAAGAAUCCAUUGGCUACUAAGCAAGCUCUAGACGAUGAUGGUUGGUUAGACACCGGUGAUAUAGGAUGGAUUGCUCCUCAUCAUUCGGCAGGGCGAAGUCGUCGAUGUGGAGGUGUGAUAGUUCUUGAAGGACGUGCCAAGGACACCAUUGUUCUUUCAUCCGGUGAAAAUGUUGAACCUUUAGAGAUUGAAGAAGCUGCCAUGAGGAGUAGUCUUAUUCAACAGAUUGUCGUCAUAGGCCAGGAUCAACGACGCCUCGGAGCUAUCAUUGUCCCGAACAAAGAUGAGGUACUCCAAGCAGCAAAAAAAUCAUCUAUUGUAGAUCCAGAUGCAGUUGAUAUUAGCAGGGACAAAAUGACAAGCCUUCUAUAUGAAGAAUUAAGCAAAUGGACCUCGGAGUGUACGUUUCAAGUUGGACCGAUCCUUGUCGUGGAUGAACCUUUUACAAUUGAUAGUGGCUUAAUGACCCCAACUAUGAAAAUCCGAAGAGACCGAGUUGUUACUCAAUACAAGGAGGAAAUAGCCAAUCUGUUCAAGUAAAUUCCCUUUGACAAGAUGAUUACACGUGAAGACUGCAAUGACCUUUCUUAGGUGGAGGAUUGUAUGUCAUGAGAACAAAAUUGAUAUAAAGGAACAAUAAAGAUGAAAUUGGUGGUUUGGGGUUCAGUACUAUUUGUAAUGUUUAAUUGAGCCAAAUUAAUGGUGGAAAACUCUUGAAAUGUU